AUGGGGUUCGGGAGCCGCUUUGGGGUCGCUCUGCUCUGCUGGGUGUUGGCUCUGGCCGCAUCCUCCGAUCCCUGGGGUUUUCCCUGGCGGAGCUCCGGGAUGUGGCGGCUGCGGGGUGACUCCCCCCGCUCGCAGGCGUGGGCUCGGGUGGAUCUGUCGCAGCUGCGGGCGCUGUCCCCGCGGCCUGCGGUGGCCGUGCGCUGCCAGGAGGGACAGCUGGCGGUCACCGUGCGCAGGGACCUCUUUGGCACCGGGCGCCCGGUGCGGGCGGCGGAGCUGAGCCUGGGCACGGCCUCCUGCCCACCCCUGUCCCCGAACCCUGCCCAGGCCUUUGUCACCUUCGUGGCCGCGCUGCACAAGUGUGGCAGCACCCUGCAGGUGACCCCGGACUCCCUGAUCUACAGAACCACCCUGUUCUACAAACCCACCCGUUCUGGCAACCCUCUUAUCGUGAGGGCCACCCCUGCCGAGGUCCCCAUUGAGUGUCACUACCCCAGGAGGAGCAACGUGAGCAGCGGUGCCGUGCAGCCCACCUGGGCCCCGUUCCGCUCCACGGUGGCGGCGGAGGAGCGGCUCCGGUUCUCCCUGCGCAUCAUGGACGACGACUGGAGCAGGGAGAGGCUCUCCAAUGGCUUCCAGCUUGGGGACAGCCUCCGUUUGCAGGCCGAUGUCACCUCGGAGGGCCAUGUGCCCCUGCGGCUCUUCGUGGAUCGCUGCGUGGCCACCGCCAGCCCCGAGCGGAGCUUGUCCCCGGCGGGCGAAGCCCCGAAUGCCCGGAAUAAAGCCUGUUCCUUCAGCAGAGCCAGCGGGCUGUGGGCACCUCUGGAGGGCACGGCGGCCAUCUGCAGCUGCUGUGACACCGGCAGCUGUCCCUCUCCCGGAGCAGAUUCCCGUGAAUUCCGCGCUCCGGCAGCACGGAUGGGCAGGCGCAUGAGGAGGGAUGGCUCCGGACAGAGAGGUGGGCUCUUAGGGCCGACUGAGGCCGAUGUCUCUGUGGGACCCCUCCUGAUCCUGGAGCCUGCUCAAGGAUUAAUGAGCCCCUCUGGAAGCCCAGGAGCAGCUGGGAACACCCCCCAAGGUGCUGCUGGUGGAAUUCCUGUGCUGAUCCAGGGGCUCCUGCUGGCAGCAGCCACUCUGCUGAGCCUGACUGCCCUGGGAAUGCUCCUGUGGAUAUGCCGGAAAAGGCUCUGCCCUCUGGGAAUGUCCCAGUGA